AUGAGCUCGCAGGUCGAAGAUGAGGUGGACGAUGAAAUGCGACAGCAAGAUACCGGCGAAAGUGAUGUUUCCGAAUAUUUAACACCGCCAUUACGUCCGAGUAGCCCUGCUUCAGACUUCCAGUCAGAAGCACCCCAGACAUCCUCUUUGAAGCGCAAAUCAGGCCGAAGCGGGCGACCCGGCGCAAAACGACUGAAAAUUGCUAGCGAUGAAGAGUACAGAAAGCUUCUGAACGAGAACAUUCUCGAUGCGCGGAAGAGAUUUGAUGGUGCUUCUCCUAAUGGCCUCAACGACUCGCAGAUCAGUGCCUCGGUGUGGACGGCUUCCGAAAAGAACAUCUUCUUCAGUGCUCUUACGAGACUUGGACGGCAUGCCUGUUCGGGGAUUGCCAGCGCGAUCGGGACCAAGUCUGAGCUCGAAGUUCGCAGUUACCUGCUGCUUUUAGACGAGGGGCUCGCCGAAGUAAGUCUCAGGAACCCGAAGAGUCUACUUCGCUUUCGGAAUAUCCCCGCUGCUGUUGAACUCAGCGAAGUGUGCUGUGAAGAGCUAGAAGAGCCAGGAGACGUCUUGUCACAGGAGCAAAGGGCACUAGAAGAGAAGUACGAGGUGCAUAAGCAUGGUUCAUCCUGGCUUCUAGAUUCCAACGCUGCUAGGGAGCUGGAGUCAUAUUGCAAGCAGGAGUCACUGUACAACACAGAGAUACCCGAUACUCAGAACCAACGAGCCGAUGACACAAUAGAACCAGAUGCCUCUGAGACAUCAAAAUUCCCGACUGACAAAAAGGCUGCUGGCAAUGCUCUGGAUGCUUUACCCGCCGCAAGACUCCUCAAGCCCCGUACCUGGCUGGAACUAUCCACCCGCGUCUUCAUGAACAGCGGCGAUCAAAGCAGCAGCAUCAACUGGCAAACAAUCGUAGAGCCCUCUGAAGAACCAUCGAUUUAUCACACGGCCUUCUCAGACUUCCACCGCCUGACCGUCAGCAUCACGCAGCGCAUUGUUCAAGCAACGCUUUUCCAAGCGAUGACGAGGCUCCGUGCAGCGUCAGGACCGAGCAAGAGGCCGAGAACGCGAGCUGUUGAGCGCGGUGAUGUCCUUACAGCUUUAGCCAUACUGGGGAUGAAAACUGAUGCUAAACACUUCUGGGCUACGGCACCCCGUCGCUGCGGGCUGUCAGUAUUCCACAAGCCUCCAGGCGCGAAUUCAACAAACGACGAUGGCCCACCACUUGACUACGCUGAAUUGGAGCGGCUUCUUUCUAGGAGGGACAGCAGGGACGAAUUAGGAAUGGAGGAAGGUGGCGAAUUGGUUGAGUCCGCACUCGAGAAUGGCGAACCUCCUGAUGCUCCAUCUGACCACGCCGAGGAGAUCGAGGAAGAUGAAUCAGACCUCGAAGCAGAUGCACUUGACCAGGAGGCCAAUCGAGCAGAGGAGCUGCGCUUGUGGGAUAUGCUUGGGCAGGACCCGCCGACAGCAGCUGAAAGACCACAUGCGGCAGAAGGCCAGGCGAGUACAGGAAAGAGAGAUAUGCCCAUGGAUGCCGGGAAGACCGCCACAAGCAAUCACGAAGCGAGCGAGGAUUUGCAGUCUUCCCCUCGGAACGAAGACGAAGAAUCGAGAUCUGCCGUUAGAAACAACAGGAUAAACGACAUGUUACUCGAGCAACAGGCCUUCGCCAUGCCUGGAUCUCCGCUGAGCGACGGGAUGGACUCUCCUGCGAUAUGGCACAGCGCACAGCCAUCACCGCAGUACAACCUGCCUGAUCGACCUCGACACGGUAUCAAUAGGGCUUCGCCAUAG